GACUGAUGAACUCAAAGGGGCUUUCCAGCCAUUGUAGAGACACAGUUCAAAUGAUGCUAAUAAUGUCAGAAAUAAUUUCUUUUUAAAUACCUACUGUAUAUGUUUUGUAGUUGUGGCUCUGCUGAAGUCUGUCGGAAUGGCUGCUUCUAUUUUGAUCUUUCUGCUCAUGAUUCAUGGGGUUUCUGCUGGUUGGGGUGUGAGUUACACUCCUUCACACAUCUGUGCACUAAAGACCUCAUCAGUGAUAAUGAACUGCACUUAUACAUACCCUACUGGAUAUAAGAUUGAGAAAGUGUUCUGGACCAAAACAACUGUUAGAAAUACUGAUAAUGAGUUUCCAGAUCUGUCUAAGGAUCCUGAAUACAGUCAGAGGCUUCAGUAUCUGGGAGACAAACAGCAGAACUGCACCAUCAGACUGAGUCAUGUGACACAGAAGGACCAACACAUGUACUAUUUCAGAUUCACAACUGAUAAACCUGAUGGGAAAUGGAUUGGUUAUCCAGGAGUGAAUCUUACUGUCACAGAUCUUCAGGUGGAGGCUCCUGAGAGAGUGACAGAGGGUCAUAAUGUCCGUCUGACAUGUAAAAGCAGCUGCACUCUGACUGACAGAGCAACAUUCAUCUGGUACAGAAACUCACAGCCAUUAACUGAGAGAAGAGACAGAAACAAUCAACUCCUGCUGCAGUCAGUCAGAAGAGAGGAUGCAGGCAGAUACAGCUGUGCUCUACAUGGACACACUUACAUCUCUCCUGCUGCUCAGCUCACUGUCUCCUACCCACCAAUUAUCCUCUCAGUAUCCAUCAGUCCAUCUGGUGUAAUAGUGGAGGGAGAUUCAGUGACUCUGAACUGCAGCAGUGAUGCAAACCCUCCUGCAAAAAUCAGCUGGUUUAAAGGAAGAAUAUCUGUAGGAUCUGGAAGAGUCUAUAGCAUCUCAAAUAUCAGCUCUGAUCACAGUGGAGUAUACAAGUGCAAGUCCAGAAAUAAACAUGGAGAGAAAUACUCUGCUAGUGUGACUUUAAACGUCAUGUAUCCUCCCAGGAACGUCUCAGUGUCUAUAACUGGAUCUGGUGUAAUAGUGGAGGGAGAUUCAGUGACUCUGAUCUGCAGCAGUGAUUCAAAUCCUCCUGCUCUGAACUUCAGCUGGUUUAAGGAGAAUCAAAGCUCAGCUGUUGGAUCUGGACAGAGUUUCAGUGCACUACAGAGUGGACGCUUCUACUGUGAGGCUCACAAUCAACAUGGAUCUCAGAGAUCAGACGCUGUUACUGUCACUGUUAAAGUACUAAAUUGGAAGAUAUCUUAUACAGCCAUUGUAGUUACGCUUUGUGGAGUUGUGGUUGCUGUCAUCAUUGUACUGCUUACCUGCAGCUGCAUGAACAGGAACACACUGCAGUCAAAGUCUCACACAAACACUUCUGAUGGCAUGAUAUCUGAUCCUAGUCUAUUCUCAUAUGUGUAUGAGAAUGUGGUGGCCGUUCAUCCUUGCAGUACAACUCCUGAGCCUAAAAUGAACAUCCCUGUGUAUGAGAAUGUGAUAAUUUAUGAGAAUCUUAACAUUGUGAGUCAUUAGAGAAUAUCAAUGUGAUAUAAAAUGUCCUGUUCUUUAAUCUACACCAAUGAGCCAUUUCAUUAUGGCCUCUUUUACACUGCAGGUCUUGAUGCCCAAUUCCGAUUAGUUGCAUUUAUGCGAUUGUUUUGGCUGUCCAUUUACACGUUCUUUCAAUUGGGACCCAUAUUUGAUUCAUGUGUUUAUGCCUGCCAUACCACCUGAAACAUUGCUCAUGCGUUGUCGUCAUUUGCCCCCUCCACAUGUGCUCCUCAUGAGAAUAAUGUGACUUUUGGGGGGUGGGGGUUUGGGGGUAAAAGACCUGGAAAAAGACUUCCAUUAAAAGACCUGCAGAAUGAUUUAUAUGAUUUAUAUGUUUAGCAAAUGUUUAUUGCAAACUGUGUUUUGUAGAGCACUUAAUUAUCUGUUUUACUGAAAAUGUUUUAUAUUUAUGUCAUGCUACAUUUAACAAAGUGGAUGAUUCUCUUAUAUUCAAAAUACAACACAUUCUCUUACUAUUCAUAUCAUUCUUAAUUGAUUUUGAAAAUGCAUUAUACAAUCACAAAACAUUACAUUUAAGAAGAGAAAGUAAAGCCAUAGUGUACCUAAUGUACAAGCCAUAUUGUAACAGUAGGUAUAAUUUUCUGUAGAAAUUAUUACAUUUCGGAAUUUGUUUUUUUUUUUGCUUGUCGUUUUGUUAAGUACAAUUUCAGUAAGUGGUGUUUAUUGUUGUAUUGAGAAAAGCACAGCGAGAGAGAUCUGCUGUGGAUGGAGCUGUAUUAUAUCUUAACAUGUCUCACCAUUCUUUCCUGUCCACCGCUCCGUGUGCAGAUAAAUAAAUUCUAAUAUCAUCC